AUGUCUCCACCUGAAUCGACACACGCUUUCGAGGAGGGACCAUCCAUGGAUUCAGGAAUAGUUCUUCCGCCUAGCCUAGCCCAUACCCCACCAGAUGCAUCGCAGCUUGCACGUCAACCCUCAUAUUACCGCCAACCACAGAGCAGUUACGAAGCCCUUCAUAGUAAACUUUGGGAUUUUGAAGACGCCACGCCCGGGCCAGUAGAGUAUUCUAACAAAUACUCACCACACAACAAUGUGGGCUUCCCCAAUCAGACCGCUCUACCUUCCUCACGGCCUGCAAGCACAACUUCUUCCAAAGGCGAUGGCCGAUCAAUCAGAGCGAGGAACUCGCAAAUACCUCCGAGGCCUCAGACCCCAUACCCAUACCAGCGUAAAGCAGAAGCUAAUGAGACUUCCCAUACCAGGGGUACACCAGAGGUGUUGGGACCACAGAAAGGAAGAAAGACACCAGUGCUAAUGAAUGCUCCGAAGCUGCAAUGGGACCUUACCAAGCCGCUUUUUGGGAUGCCAAGUCGGAGCACCCUAGAUGGUGAGGAAGAAGCUGAUGAGAACGAAGAGACAGAGGCAGAGCGACGUAGUGCUAGGAAGGUAGAAAGAGCAAGCACACCGGUUCCUACGUCCACCCUAGCGAAGGACAAUGCACAGCACCGCAAAGCAAAAAGCACACUGCCUCCAACCCCAUCAUCCCUCCAAAUCUACACUGUCGAGCGACAAAAAACCCCUUCUCCCCAGCAACAACCAUCUCCCCCACUCACACCACAUAUCCCCGCUCUUCUACGCGUACUGGACGCAAAUCUGCAUCCUCAACCCCACCAGCUAAGACCCUUACCCGAAAGUGACGAGCGCCCCGAGCUCUCCAAGUCCCGCUCGCAACUCUCACCCUUCCCCCGAUGCUACCAAGUAAGCCGUAGAAACAAUUGUAGUCCAGAGCAUUCCUGCCUCGAUGACCCGCGCAACCAAAACAGUAGUGGAAGCCUUUACACUCAGCGCACCAGGGAAACGGAUCCCUACCCUUUCACCACGACUGAGACGCUCGGACUGCAGACUGCACACUUACUGCCUGUACAGCGUAUUGAGCGUGCCGAUAUAACGUGUGGACAUAUUAGCACCACGAAUCGACGGUGCUGCGGUGUGCCGACUCUGAAUAGUGAGGAGCAGUAUGAGGAGUUAAGGAGGGAGGCUGUGGGGCCUGUAGGGAAGACAAAGUUUGGGGCGAGGGUGAGGAAGGCGUGGGAUAGGGUUCGGGUGUUGUUUCGUAGGAAGGAGGGGGGUACUGAGCGGAUGACGUUGGGAUAA